GAUUUCUGAGGAUUUCCAAUGGAGGAGAGACCUGUAUGUAAACAAUACAGAUCACUCCCCUGUCAGCUCCUGCACACUGCUUUGUAUGGCCCUGCAUAACAGAGCCAUACAAAGCAGUGUGCUUACAGUGAAAAACGGCACACAGCCUCACAGUAAAACAUACACAGCACACAGUUAACCUUUUGAUUGCCCCAGAUGUUAACCCCUUCCUGCCCAGUGUCAUUAGUACAGAGUCAUUGGUGGAAGCAGCUGCUGUUGAUCACCGAGUCCCUACGGAUUUGGGUUAUAGAAGUUACGGCGCACCCUUCACUUAACUUGCCUCAUCAGUGGAUA